CUUCGCCGGGCCUGCUUCCGGUGUGCGCCCUGUGGCUCUUCCUGCCGCCGCCUCCGCCUCCGCGAUGCUGCUUCUUUCUCUGGCCCGGGCUCGCUGUCUCAACCGGGCGCUUGGGCGCUCGUUCUGCGCCGCUCGGCAGGGGACCUGUCCACAGCGGAAACAUUCGCUCUCUGGUGUCUCUCGAUGCCAGGGGUUAGCUUACGCCAACAGCAGGAAGCAUUUGGUAAAUGGCUCCCGUGUGUUCACUCUCCGUUAUUUCAGAACCACCACAGUGUGCAGGGAAGAAGUUGUUACAGUGAACACACCAGCAUUUGCAGAAUCAGUCACAGAGGGAGAUGUCAGGUGGGAGAAAGCUGUGGGUGACACAGUAGGAGAAGAUGAAGUGGUAUGUGAGAUUGAAACAGACAAGACGUCUGUGCAGGUUCCAGCUCCUGUAGCUGGCAUAAUUGAAGCACUUCUAGUUCCUGAUGGGGGGAAAGUGGAAGGAGGUACACCUUUGUUUAAACUCAGGAAAACUGGAGCUGCACCUGCCAAGGCCAAACCAGCAGCAGCCCCUACACCAGAACCGGCAGCGCCUCCUCCUCCUGCAGCAGCACCUGCCCCUGCAGCACAAAUUCCCACUACGAUGCCUCCAGUGCCCCCUGUGUCAUCACUCCCUAUGGAUGCUAAACCAGUUUCUGCAGUAAAGCCAGUUGCAGCUGCUCCUGUGGUGGAACCUGGGGUCAGCAAAGGAGCCAGAGUGGAGCAAAGGGUGAAAAUGAACAGGAUGCGUCUACGCAUUGCUCAGCGCCUAAAAGAGGCUCAGAAUACAUGUGCCAUGCUAACCACCUUCAAUGAAAUUGAUAUGAGUAACAUCCAGGAAAUGAGAGCCCGGCACAGGGACACCUUCCUGAAGAAGCACAAUAUGAAACUUGGCUUUAUGUCUGCCUUCGUGAAAGCUGCAGCCUUUGCCUUGCAAGAGCAGCCUGUUGUAAAUGGAGUGAUAGACGAUACUACCAAAGAGAUAGUGUACAGGGAAUAUGUGGAUAUCAGUGUUGCAGUGGCGACUCCUAGGGGUCUUGUGGUCCCUGUAAUCAGAAAUGUAGACACAAUGAACUUUGCUGAUAUUGAGCGAGCAAUCAAUGAGUUGGGGGAAAAGGCCCGCAAGAAUGAGCUUGCCAUUGAGGAUAUGGAUGGCGGUACAUUCACCAUCAGUAACGGCGGUGUAUUUGGAUCCCUGUUUGGGACACCCAUCAUCAACCCCCCUCAGUCUGCUAUCUUGGGCAUGCAUGGCAUCUUUGACAGGCCUGUUGCUGUUGGAGGCAAAGUUGAGGUGCGCCCAAUGAUGUUUGUGGCCCUGACGUAUGACCACCGGUUGAUUGAUGGCAGAGAGGCAGUGACUUUCCUGCGCAAGAUCAAGGCUGUGGUGGAAGAUCCUCGUGUGCUGCUGCUUGACCUGUAAAGAGCAGCAGCCCCCACCUGCCCCAUCCAGUAGAGCAAGGACACAGCAGCAGCAGCAGCAGCAGCAGAUGGAACAGAGGACAUUCAGGAAUCAGCAGGGCUUCAUUCCAGUCAUCUCCUCCCCCUAGUGGCAGGAGGUGCUUUGAAAGGAAUCCCCCCCCCCGGGUGCCACCCACCUUUCCUGCCUCUUCCAAAGAUGGUUCAUUUUCUUCCCAGGCCAGACAAGCAGGUGUCAUUACCUAUUCAGAUGUAACCUACCAUUUCCCCUCUUCUUGCUCCAGACAUAGCCUCAUCUCUUUCUCUUGAUCUUAUGGGAACAGAAGCUGCCUGCUGUUUAGCUAGAGCUUCCCUCCCGAGCAGCUCUUGCACAGAAAUUCAGCUUUAAUUCAGUAUCAUCGCGGCAGCUGUCGGAGGGGAAAGGCUGGUCUCUGCUCCACUUGAAGGCUCUAGAUCUUUGGAACAGCGAAACUAGCCUGAGGCCCUCUAGGGUGAUUCAAUUGCUGUGCCUGAUCUUACAUGCCUCCAGUAACAGAGAGUAAAUCUGCACUCCAGCCACCUUGUGGGUUUUUUGACCUUAAUGGGAUGAGGCACUCCCAGGGGUUACUGCCUCCCCAGCCAAUAUCUAGAUCCUCUCCUAGUAGUGAGGGGCAGUUCUAAGGAUUGUUUUCAGGGACCUUCCUCUGCCUCAUCCCUUCACAAGCAAGAAAGUGGCAGUAGCAGCUCUCCCCCUCUCCCACUUGGAAGUUGGUUCUUUCGUUCUAAGCCUCUGGUAGGGCAGAAUGGGUGUCCCAUCUCGCUGUCAGUUCCAGUUCAAGUUGACUGGCUGCUGGGGAUUAGGGGGAGAUGGCAACCUUCGGUGGCUGUCCUACGUUCCAUCUAAUCCUCAUUGAAUGGUUUUAUCGUGACUGCAAUGGUAUGGUAAUGUAGGUUGGGACUAGGUUGUCUUGUGUGGCAUGUAUCCUAGCCUAAGGCUUGCUGGUUCAUGGGGACAUAUCCUUAGUACAAUAGCGUGCACAUAUAUUGUUGAGUGAGAGGGUUGCUAGUGCCUGCAGGGUUUAUUACUCUUGUUCGCCGCACAGAACUUGUAAUUAAAGUAUUUAACAUGACAGAUUUUAAACAAAAUAAAACAAGGAAAUUA